AAAUCUCUGAUGCCUCCACGACAGUGGUUAUGUCAUUCACCCACGUGCUAACCUUUCCCCUAGUUUGACAGUCGGCACUGCAAUUUUGAUAGACGCUUCGUUGACAAAGAACAUUCAAAAGUUUAGAAGCCUACCAAAAUAAUACAGGUCCCGGUUCGAGGAUGUGGACGACCACUAUAGCACGAUGUACCCUGCCGACCAUGCUCAAGCGAAGCUCCGUCUUGGCCUGCCAUGCCUUGAGGGCUGGGGGUAGGCCUGGUUGGGCAGCUGCCAUCUCCUCAUCUCCUUCUCUUCAACUGACCUGGAGGCAGCUCCGUGGGCACGGGACCCAGGCUCCCUCCCCACUCCCUUCCAACGCCCUGGGGGACAGCCCUGGGGUGAGGCAAGUCCGGGCCCUGGAGCAGGAAAGGCUGCUGGAGGUUGAGUGGGAGGGCAGCGGACAGAGCCUGUACCCGUACACAUGGCUUAGGGACAACUGUCAAUGCCCACUGUGUACCCUGCAGUCAGCCCAGGCUCGCAGCCUGCUGCUCUCCCAGCUGGACAUCCACACUGGGGUCGACCGGGUGCAGGUCACUGACAACAACAAGGUAUCCAUAGUGUGGCCGGACCAGCACACCAGCGAGUUUGACCCAGAAUGGCUGAGGAAACGGUGCUUCUCUCCUGCUGCCAGACAAGCUCUACAAGAGGAGCUCUUCCUAAACGAGCGUACGUACUGGGACUCAGAGCUGCGGAUCCCCACGGCCAACUUCGAGGAGGUCCUCCACGACGACAAGGCCGCCCUGGCCUGGCUGCUGGCUCUACGCCGCGUGGGCAUUGUCUACCUGAAGGGGGCGCCGGUGGAGCAGGGUCAGGUGGCCCGACUCAGCCAGAGGAUCGGAUACCUCCGACUGACGUUCUAUGGGCACACAUGGCAGGUGCAGGACAAAUCCCAGGCUAACAACGUGGCCUACACCUCUGGCAAACUCAGUCUCCACACUGACUAUCCAGCACUGCACUACCCACCUGGAGUGCAGUUCCUGCAUUGCCUGAGCCAGGCUGGCGAGGGCGGGGAGAGUGAAGCGGUGGACGGCUUCCACAUGGCAGAUCAACUGAGGAGAGAAGACCCCGAGGCCUUCAGGACCCUCACCUCCCUGCGGGUGGACUUCACCGACACAGGGUCCGACUACUGCGACUUCAUGGUGCAGUCCAAGAACCACAUCAUAGAUGUUGACAGUGAUGGGCGGGUGGUCCGGAUCAACUACAAUAAUGCCACCAGGGACUCUGUGCUGGACCUCCCCCUGCACCAGGUCCAGGCCUUCUACAGCUCCCUCAAGGCCUACGUCCAGCUUAUGAUGCGACCAGAAAACAUGCUCACCUACAAGAUGGAGCCUGGCGACCUGGUCACCUUUGACAACUGGCGCCUGCUCCAUGGGAGGAAGAGCUUUCAGAGCCACCCAGACCGGAUGAGACACCUGGAGGGAGCCUACCUGGACUGGGACGAAGUCAUGUCUCGCCUGCGGAUACUCUUCAAGUCUGUCCAUGGAGAGAGCUAGACCCGCCAAUCCCCCAGAGCGAAGCCUCCUCCAAAUAUAUAGAACCGCAUCAAUCUACAACAGUGCUCUCCAACCCUGUUCCCGGAGAGCUACUGUCCUGUAGGUUUUCACUCCAACCCUAAUCUAGUGCACCUGAUUCUAAUAAUUAGCUUGUUGAUAAGCUGAAUGAAUCAGUUUAGUUGCAACUGGGAGUGAAACCCUCCUGUAGGUUCUCUCUCCAGGAACAGGGUUGGAGAGCCCUGAUCUACAGAAUUUAUGAGCGGCCAAAAGAGGCAGAGGCUAAUUGUCUAGCGGGCUACCGCUACUCGUGUGUGGGUCAAGAUGGCUGCCAGUCUUUUGAACAGAGUGACAUGUGGGCAAAGUGCAAGAAGAUGGGGGAAAAAGGUUGAGCACUUCCCUAAAUGAUAAACACUCCCCUUUAUAAGUAGCAUACCUACAAAGAAUCUGUCUUUAACUGUAUGAAGCUGGUAGACCAUAGUGCCUUUGUUCCUAGGGUUGUGUAAGCGAACAUAUUGAGCUAUUUUUCUAAUCGGCCUGUGUUCUGCUGGUCAAAAUGUUGUAGCACUUUACUACAUCAACUUCUCAAUGUCUUAAGGGUGUCAUAUCAACAAGAGGUGAUGACGUUUGACAUUUUCUACCUCUUGUAUCCAGUAGUAUAGUUCAGUUUCAGCCAUCUAACCUUAAGAAAAAAAUAGUGUAUAGCACUAGUAUCAGCCCCAGAAAUCAAUCCUUUUUUUAGUAACUCUCCAUACGUAAAAUGUAUGCACAUGCAAGUUUGGAUUAAAGCAUCUGCUAAGGGAUUAAUCCAAAUGUACAGAAUGGUUACCUGGAGGAAAUUGGGGUAGGGUCUUGCUUUUUCAAUAUCAGUCAAGGGGAGGGUUUAGUAUUUUUUUUGUUAUCUAGUCCAGGGGGAGGGUCAUGUAACGUGUAAUUUCAAUAUUGAUCAAUGUUUUAGAAUGAGUUCCUUAUUAGGCUACAUUUUGAUGUGUGCCGGAUGCCGCCCCUUUUCUCUGAUUCUCCGCUGGGUGCUCAAUAUCAAGUGUGCAUAUAGACUCUUUAGUGUAGUCUCAAUCAAAUGAUCCAUAGCCUACGAAGUGCAUGCUCAGAGAAGCACAGAGCAAAGUUAUGUUUCUAAGAUAGCUGAUGAUGGUGUAAAUACAACUUGGCUGCGUUACACAACGCAAUGGAUAUUCCAACCUGGAGCCCCUGCCUGCUCUUGCUGAUCAAAAAACGUUUUUGUGUGCUGCCUAACCAAUGGCUGUGCUGUGUAGGGCUACAGUUCUCAGGAGGCUUCUACAAAUGUAAAAAAAAAUAUUGAGCAUAGCCUAUGUUCUGUUCAGUUUGAGAAGGAGAGCGCAACAAUAUGUUUCUCGCCCAUUAUGUAUUUAUCAGAGUCAUUGACCUCACAAAAAGACAGACUUGAGUAACUUACAUCGUGUUGCUGAAACUUGAAGCAGCAGCCGCAGCACAAUCAAUCAGAAAUAGACAGCUCAUGGUGCUGAAAGUAGGCAUAAUUCAUUUCAGCAGUCUUCAUUUGAAUGUGUCUUUGUUAACAACAAGAGGGCUUUGUGUUGGAACCUAUUUCUUCCUAUUUAAGAAAGAGGUAGGUCUACCUGUUUGAUAGAUGAAAUUAGGCAAUAGAAUGCUAUAUCCAUAUUUGUCGCUCGUUCCUCCACCUGCUCUUUAAAUAUCCAACCUCCAUGUCGAUGACAGGCUGUUAAGUUAAAACCAAGACUCGAAUUGACGGGGUAUGAAAGGGGAUGCCAUCCCACCUACCUUUUAUUAAAGAAAAUGGCAGAAAUCACCAACUUUUGUUCGCUUAAGAUUUGGAAUCAAAUUAAAGUGAUGUUUAACAGUGCCUUGGCCAGAGAUGCUUUAUGCUUGUUUCUAGAAACAAAAAAUACCCAGGAAAGACAUUACUCCAUGCAUAUGGGAAUAUCAUUGUUUCAUUUCUUUGACAUUCAGAGGCUGAGAUUCAACCUUCUUUAGCCCGAGAAGACAUAACAUAGACUUUGCUUGGGAAGUAAUUUCAUUCUGUCACUAUCAAUUGAUUAAGCUAUUCACUUUCUGUAGGCUAAAAUAAUGUUUAAACCCAGACAGCUUUUAGGGAAACACUUGACCGUCCCUCGUUGGGUUAAACAUGGAAGAACAGAAGCCAGCAGUCGAAGCAUACAUUUUUAUGCGUCGGUAAGCCUACUCUGUCUGGGGUGGAAAGGUAGGCCUAACUUUUGAAAGUACCAUGUUUAGAUUCCUAAUGACGUCUCAGAUUUAAUUAUGUGCAAACAAGACACUGAUUUGGCAUUGGGGAAAUAUUGUAAGAUUAACACUUAAGCCCAUCUCUCUGUCAAUGUUUAGAAUGGAAUUUCAGUAAAUUUGUGUGGUAUUUAAAAAUACAUGUGAAAUUAGGAAUUGAAUGACAUUCUAUAAAAAGGCUUUAUUUUUACCUGCA